GCUCGAUUUUCAGGACCUCUCUGCAGUCACAUCUUCUGGCUUUUCUCCAAGGCUAGUGGUCAGAGUCAGGCUGCUGAAGUCCAGCCAGUGCAGGUCACAGACAGCCUGGUGGCUUUGGAAUUGAGCUACUAAGGUCAAAAGAACCAUCCAGGAAAUGCAUGUUCUCUUGGACAAGCCACUCUAAAAGCAUGUUUUUAUCCCAGAAGCUGGGAUAGACAUUUUUCAAGGUCCUGAAACCACACUUGCUGAAUUGCUAACACGUUUUAACCUCACCCACAAGAUGGAAGAAGAAUCUAAACGCGAGAAACCAGAAGGAGUCAGCUCGAGAAAAUCCCCCUUUAACUUAUUCAUGAACCAGCUACAGGGGAAAAAAUCCUCUGAGAAACAGGGGAAGUCCCAGAGCUCCUUGGUCAGCAGAUUGUUCAAGGGGUCUAGACUCAACCCUCCCAAAACUGACCGUCCAAAGGAGAAGAGUGAGCUGGAAACCACCGACUCUCAACCUGAUAAGGAGGUGGAGACUGAGGCCGGGACUGAAACCAAAAUUGAGACCAUCUCAGAGACACCAGCCACCUCAGAAACAGUAGAGUCUCAGUCACUUGGUACAGAAACAGAUUUAGAAUCUAAUACAGUUAAGAUGGAACGGUUCCUGCAGAGGCUGGGAAAGAAGUCCCACAGCAGAAGCAUUGAUCUAAACAACUGUGGACUGACAUCAAUGGACGCUGCUGAGCUCGGUGCUUUACUGCCUCUUCUCCCAGACCUAGAAGAAUUAGAUGUUUCCUGGAAUGACUUCAUAGCUGGAGCUCUCAAGCCAGUCAUACUGCAAAUUCAUCAUAUCAGCAAGUUAAAGAUCCUCCGACUGAGUAACUGUAGGCUCACAACCGAUGAUGUCUUAGCAUUGGGAGAAGCCCUUACAACCACCCCAGACCUAGAAGAACUCAACUUAUCCUGGAACAAUAAUGUGGGAGGUAAACUGGCCAAGAUCCUCCAGGGAAUCCAAGAGGGGAGCAAAAUCCAAAUCCUAGAGCUGAUGGACUGUGACCUCACAGCAGAAGAUGCAGCAUCUGUAGGUCAGGUGCUACCCCAGAUGCAGAAUCUUGAAGUGUUUGAUCUUUCCAUAAAUAGAAAUAUUGGCUAUAGCCUAAUUAGUAUUGUGCAGGGGCUGAAAAAUACCCCACGCUUGAAAGUAUUAAAGUUACAUACCUGUGGAUUAACUCAAGACAGCAUCCAGGUUUUAGGUGUUGCUUUUGAACAUCUGCCCGAGUUAAGGACAUUGGACCUGUCCGGCAACAAGGAGGUGGGAGGAGGCUUUAAAGAUUCCGCCGCCCACUUGGCUCAUUUGAAGCUUCUCCACGUUUUGGACCUUCACCAGUGUUCCUUAUCAGAAGAUGACGUAGCAUCUCUGGCCCAGGUCAUCCCUUUACUCUCCAGUCUUCAGGAGCUGGAUCUAUCGGCCAACAAGAAAGUGGGCGGCUCUUCAGAGAAUCUCCUUAGCAGACUGCGGUUUUUACCAGAAUUGUCAACUUUAGUCAUCACUGGCUGCUCGUUAGGAAAGGAAGCAUUCACAGCUUUUGCUGAAGCCUCCAUGUAUCUUCCUGCCCUGAAGAUACUUGACCUUUCUUGGAAUAAGUAUGUUGGAGGAAACCUAAAUCUGCUUUUGCAAACUCUGAAGCUUUCGGCUGCCCUCCAAGUGCUAAGACUGAGAAGCUGCUCCCUGGUUGCUGAAGAUAUGGCUCUCCUGGCAUCUGUUAUACAAACCGGUCAUCUUACCAAACUGCAGCAGCUGGAUCUGAGCUACAAUGACAGCAUUUCAGAGGAAGGCUGGGCUACGUUUACUCAAAACGUGCCACUCUUGAAGGAACUGACCGAGUUGGACAUCAGCCUUCGGCCGGCCAACUUUCGGGAGUGCGGACUGUGGUUUGGACGCUUGCUAAGUGGUUUAACCAAAAUGCCCAUGCUCUCCGAGCUCGGAAUCCAAAGAUGGAGGAUCCCAGGGCCUCAGCAGGAAGACCUGGAGUAUUUCAACCACUAUCACAAAAGGAGCAUCCACUUUGACUACGGUGGAUUCCAGUGACAUCUGUUAACCCAGGGCUAAAAAAAAAAAAAA